AUGGUCAAAUCCCGCCAAUGGAUCCUAGCCAACAAACCCACCGCCCUCCCCACCCUCACAGGCGACACCCCGACCUUCAAACUCUCCGAAACGGACCUCCCAGACCCCAAAGAAGGCGAAGUCCUGGUCAAACCAACCUACAUCUCCAACGACCCGGCCCAACGCGGUUGGAUUUCCCCGGAAGCCCACCCGGAUCGCCUCUAUGUCGCCCCGGCCAAGACAGGGGAACCCAUGCCCGCUCGUGCUCUAGCUGAGGUCAUAGAGUCCAAGUCGAAUGAUUACAAGAAAGGCGAUUGGGUUUUCGCCUCGGCGGGAUGGACGGAAUAUGCUGUCCUACCUGCAAAAGCGCUACAACCUGUCCCCGAGCUCGAGGGCGGGUUGAGUAAGACGUUGUAUCUUGGUGCUCUGGGGGGCACGGGUCUGACGGCUUAUUUUGGGAUGUUGGAUGUGGGGCAGGUCACUAAGGAUGAUAUCGUGGUCAUUUCCGGUGCUGCUGGCGCCACGGGCUCAAUGUGUGUGCAGAUUGCGAAGAAGUUGGUCGGCUGUAAGAAGGUGAUUGGAAUUGCUGGUAGUGAGGAGAAGUGCAGAUGGGUGGAAGGGUUGGGGGCGGAUCUCUGUCUGAACUACAAGUCCUCGAGCUUCGCGGAGGAUUUGAGGAAGGCUACGCCGGGGCCGGAUGAGUUCGCUAAUGUCUAUUACGACAAUGUUGGGGGUGAGAUCCUGGAUCUGAUGUUCACCCGUAUGGCGAGGCAUGGGAGGGUGGUAGCUUGUGGUGCUAUUGCGAAUUACAAUUCGAUGUCGGAUCGUGCUACGGGGUUGAAGAAUUGGUUCGAGGUAAUCCAGAUGAGGCUGCAGAUUCGCGGAUUCAUUGUCAUUGACUACCUGCAUCGCGCGAAUGAGGCGCGAGAGGCUUUCCAGAAGAUGCUGAAGGAGGGUAAGUUGCAGAUCGAGGGGGGCGAACAUGUGGUUAAAGGUGAUUUUGAGGAGAUCCCGAAGACUUGGUUGAAGUUGUUCGAGGGUGGGAAUCAGGGUAAGCUGGUCACGGAGGUGGCGAGGUUGUAG